UUUUUCUUCUUUCAAGGAGAACUGGAGCGUGAGCUGACAUUUUUAUAUCGCAAUGUUGAAACUUUUAUGCUUUUCGUUGGACAUCCAAGAAGCGGUCAUAGUUUGGUUGCUGCCAUUUUAGAUUCCCAUCCAGAAAUAGUUAUUUCGGAUGAGUUUAAUCUGCUUUAUAAGUUUGACAGUUUCUUUAUGGAUCCUAGCCAAACAAACGAUGAGCGCAAGCUGAGGAUAUUCUAUGACAUACAUACUCGUUCGCGCAGACAGGCCAUGUUUGGUAGUCGUUCGUCAAUUUGCAACAGCUCCCUAUCCUACUGCUACAACAUCAAAGGAGGCUGGCAAGGUGAUUGCAAAAGUAAACUUAAGGUACGAGAUAUUUGAAAGGGCCCAUGUACUGAAAAGAACCGGACUAGGAAGUCCAAACUUCAGUCUCUCGGGGUAUUCUCUAUGCUGGUGGUUAUGAACAAGCAAUUUAAGUCUUUCAAAUCUCCAACAAGGAUAAAACAGUCUGCAUACAGCGGCUAUUUAGAAAAAUCGAAAUAGGAAUCGAUGCUUGCAUACUCAUAACAGAAAAGUUAGCAAUGCUUUCAAAAGGAGUCCAACUAAUUUUCUAAUUGGCAGUCAAUUUCCUACGGUACCUGUUUAAGCUUUGUUGACGACAACAGAUCCCCCUCCAUUCCCCCAGAAAACCAUGUAAUAAGAGUGAUGAAAAAAAUCGGACAACCGCGCAGUAGGAUUUAUUAAUUACGAAUAUGAUUACAGACAGAAUUGGAUAGCACGCAGUCCGGCUAACAAUUAGUAUAAACUAUGACAAAAUUUGAGAACGAAACUAAACAUCUGUUAUACGUUUUCAUCAAUAAAAAAUUAAAACUUGUUUACCCGGCGACUAAGUAGCAACGGUGCAAGCGCACGAUGUGCACUGUCCAAUUACACAGGCAUGACGUUUCCACUCUCUUUUUACCCUGUCCAAUUACGAGCACUUCGUGUACACUGUCCUAUUAGUGCUCAAAUUGGGCUGGUGAUGACCAAUCACUUUCGAAAAUUUUGUCGCAAUUUUAUUUAUACUUAUAUACCUCCUUUAUUAGGGUCUUGUAGUGUUCCUUUACUUCAAUUCGAUUCAUUUUUCCUUGGAAGUGAACGAUAAAUCAGCCUCGCGUGAUAUACGUAUUGUAGUUAGCAUUACUUUUAUUGUCGUUUCCAGGGGGCGCUUUCUAAAUUUUGUAAAUGUGCAUAGGUAUAUGAUGGCUGGAACCACAAGUUUAAUGGAUUUAAUGUGACAAAAUUCAUUAUUUACAAAUAUUGAUUAAUGCUAAGAAAUUAGAACUUCCCUCUGGGCUCUAAUUAAAGGGAUACAUUGCAUACCGCUAAAUCUUACGGGACUUAUUUCCCUAUUUUAUGGAGCCCGAGUAAAUUAUUGCCCCGAGCAAUGGUUGCUUAUUCACAAUCGCGUGAGUAAAACUGACUUUUACAUAAGAUUCCACGUACAUUUUCCUCAGGUAAUUGGAGACAAAAAAGCAUCUGUAACUACCGCACGUUUACAUCACGAAAAAGGGCUUCACGAUUUGCGAAAACUGGAGAAAGUGCUGGGAAUUCCAAUCAAACUGAUUAACGUCAUCAGAAAUCCAUUUGAUAACAUUGCUACUAUAUGUAGAAGGAGACUAGGUGUGAAUCCUAGAAGUCAUCAAAUGGUAAGUAAAUAUAGGGGUAUAUCAUCUAUCGUUUCACAUUGGUUCUUAUCAAAGAAAAUCUUUUAUUUUUCAUAAAAAUACCUGAUUUUUUUUUAAUGGACUGGAGAGUUUUAUCACGACGUAAUACACUGGCAGAUUCAAUACGAUCGCUACAUAUCCGGGAUCAGAGCCGCGUAUCUUAAUCGCGCGGUACGGAAUGCACCUAACCUCGACUUCUGGAUCGAAAAUUAUUUUAUCAAAGUGCAGACAAUUCAAUAUCGUCAUGACCUGAGGCACUAUCGGGUUCUCAAUGUAUACAGCCGAGAUCUGAAUAUUUCGCUUGUGUCAUGCAAAGCCUUAUAUUUUUUUUUUCUCGACAGGUACGCAACACAACAGCGUUGGACUUUUGCAUUGAUUUUUACUUCACUAAAGUGCGGACAGUUCAAUAUCUUCGUGAUCUGAGGUACUACCAGAUCCUGAAUGUAUGCAGCCGAGAUUUGCUGAGAAAUCCGCGACACACUUUACAAAUGUUAUGUGACUUUGUUGGUGUUUCUUGUUACAAUGAAUUUGUCGAAUUAGCAACAAGAGAUCUCUAUUCCAAAUCAUCUCGGUCUAGGUAUUUGAUAGAAUGGAGUAACGAACAGAAAGAGAAAGUCAUGGAAGAAAUCCAGAAAUGUAGCUUUUUGAAAUCUUUAUUUUCGUUUGACAGUGAUUAG